AUGUAUUCUAUGAAUUACAUUGGUACAUUCUUCAAGAAGUUUUACAAUGAAAUAAAUAGUGCGACGUUGACUGGAGCCAUCGAUGUGAUCGUGGUCGAACAGCCGGAUGGCAGCUUCACUUGUUCCCCGUUCCACGUCCGCUUUGGGAAACUAGGUGUUCUCCGCUCCCGGUUCAAAGUUGUGGACCUCGAGCUUAACGGAGAGCCUCUGCCGAUUCAUAUGAAGCUCGGUGAGUCAGGCGAGGCAUUUUUUGUCGUGGAAGUCGGUGAGGAUGAAGCCGAAUGCUCAGCACACUUGGCGACGUCUCCCAUACCGGCGAAUAGGUUCGAUGACCUAUAUGAACCCCGACGCAGGAACUCCCUUUCAGCUGUCGAACCUGACCAUGGGCAGGCUUCGGACUACACGAAACGGAGGUACACCGCCGACGGAAAAACUAUGCAGAAACCGGACCUCAGUAAGCUUUCAAAGAAUAAAACCAAAGAAGACAAAAACGACGAGCACGAUGCACUCUUUGAAAUGGAGGGCCUCAACGAGGUCACAGACUGGACGGAUUCCAAACCAAAGACGUUUUCGGCGACGCAACUCGGCGGGGCGGGCACCGAAGCCAGCCAGACCGUGCUCAAGAUCAGCGAGCACAAUGACUUCAGACCGAUAGAGGCACCCGCUAGCCUAGACGACUCGAAGCAGAACGGAAACGGAAAGAAGAAAAAGAAAACGCGGAAAGUUAGCUCUAAGAAAAAGCACCAAAGGAAAUCUUCGACUAGUUCUAUUUCGAGCCAGUCCGAUCUCACGGCUUGCGAUGCGCGAGCCACGCAACCCACCGCCAUUCCCAACGUCACCGAUAUUCACUUCUUCAGCGACACAGAGGCUGCUGCUCUUAACGAAGAGAUGUCCAACUUGAAGCUGAAUGGUGAAAACCGCAUACCAUUGGCGUUGUCUGACACAGCGUUCGAGGUGCACCAUGCCUCCAGACAUACGAAGGGAUCUCGUCAUGGCACACCUGUACAGUCUGAUACAGAAGUGGAACUGGCGCGCACUACGUCCGGGGAUAAGUCAUCGCAGUCGUGGCGAUGGGGCGAAUUGCCUGAACCACCGAUUCGAAGCACACAGAUGACAGAAUCGACCGAAUCCCCCGCGUCUCCUGCGUCGCCGGCCGAACCCGCUUCACCCGCGGAGCCCCUCAGUUCCGACGAGGAGAGACACGGUCGACGCGGCGUCUUGAGCGGAAUGUUCAGGUUUAUGUCGUCACGAGAAGCCACCGAACCCGGGGUUCAGGGCGUUUACCUGGAUGACCUCGAUAAGGGACAAGUCGAUCCAGAUAUUUACUUUCCCAAGCAUCACACGGAACGUUAUCGGACAGGAGGUAGUGGCGGCGCGCAACACGGUCCCACCGAGGAAGAAUACGAAUCGGGCAAUGGUCCCUCAUUGCCCCAGUCGCCCGCUUCACCAGCGUCACCGGCGUCGCUCGAACCACCCGUUCUCGACUCGGAUGACGACGAUAAACUUCUAGCCAAAGGCGAGGUGGAAGUAUACGCACGGGAAGGUGCCGUGUCGCGCGUGCUUUCCUAUGAAGAGUUCUGUUCGAUGGGCGGGCGGCUUGCCGGCGAGGGCAGACUAGAGGUGCGCUUAGGCGCGCGUACACUGCCCUGGCGCACUGCCGGUCCCUUACUUCUUUCUCUGCUUGCCUUCAGGAGACCCCUGCCAUCUCGGGUAUUAGAAUCUCUUGACAAAGGUGAUAAGGAAUCCUCCGAGUCGCAGCCUACGGAUGCAGCAAAGCCUCGAACGUAUUCCUGGUGGUACUGGAGACGAUCCAAUACGGAUAAGAGGCCAGAAAUAUCAUCAAAAGAUGAUGAACUGAAAAUGGCAGCUUUAGCUGAAUCGACAGCUCCAUUAAAAUUAGACCCUGCCGGUCACGACCAAUUAGAUGCUCAAGAUGCAGUAAUGGAUAACAAAAUUGAAGACACGAAUAUCAUAGAUGAUAUGCAACCGGAAGAUUUGAUAGAACACGUUCCAAGCUUAGAGGACAAACAGAUUUUCAAUCAAGGUGAUAGACAUGAUCAGAGCUCAUCGGACUCAGAUCAAGAUACUCAGCAUGGUUCUAGACGACACUCCACCUUUAGAAAAACACUGAGACUUUCAUCAGAACAAAUUAAAAACCUGAAUCUCCGAGAAGGCAUUAACGAGAUGGUCUUCAGCGUGACGACCGCCUACCAAGGCACGACGCGCUGCAAGUGCAACGUGUUCCGCUGGCGAUACGACCACAAAAUCGUCAUAUCAGACAUAGACGGAACUAUAACCAAGUCAGACGUGCUGGGACACAUUUUUCCACUCGUGGGCAAGGAUUGGGCCCAGUCUGGUGUCGCGCAGCUAUUUACCAAAAUCAAGAAUAAUGGCUACCAGCUUCUUUAUCUCUCUGCGAGAGCCAUUGGGCAGGCCGGUGUAACACGUGAAUACCUCCGUUCAAUAAAGCAAGGCGAGACCUGCUUACCGGAUGGACCGUUAUUACUCAACCCCACUUCUCUGUUACGGGCCUUCCACCGCGAGGUGAUCGAGAAGAAGCCUGAGGAAUUUAAGAUACAGUGCCUUGCAGACAUUAAGGCGCUGUUCCCCGCGGGGUCAAAUCCGUUUUACGCGGGAUACGGAAACAGGGUCAACGACGUUUGGGCGUACCAAGCGGUUGGCAUUCCUAUAGUGAGGAUAUUCACCAUCAACUACAAGGGCGAGCUGAAACACGAACUGACACAAACAUUCCAAUCGACGUACUCGCAUAUGAGCGUGCUAGUAGAUCAAGUGUUCCCACCAGUGCUGUGUGAGCCAACCGAUGAAUUCUCACAAGCCGUGUAUUGGCGCGAACCUCUCCCUGAACUGGAUGCUGUCGACCUACCUAUUGCGAUCUUGCCUCAAGUCAAAAACUAA